CUUCCUGACAUGGCUCAUGGGAAGUCCUUAAACCAUGAACUUUCCAAACUUUUCAAUGAGAUGUGGGAUAUGGACAUUAACCGCUUUAUGCCCGGGAAAGACUACAUAAUCGAGGUGCAGGGAAAAGCAGGCGAUGGUGCUACCCGAGAUGGUGCAGCCAGACAUCUGUUUCACUACGUAAAUGAGGAACGCAUGAAAAACAUAAAAACUUUUGCAACCUUUAUUUCCUUAUUGGACAACUAUGAGACAUCAACCGGUGUGGCAGAAGUAGUGACUCCAGAAGAAAUAGCUGAAAACAAUCGUUUUCUUGAUGCUAUCUUAGAAACUGAAGUCAUGAAACUAGCUCAUCGGUAUCUGGUUAAAAAAAACCUGGCAGGGCCAAACCUCACAGACUUCAAAUCUCAGCUCUAUGACAUCUGGUUUCAGCUCUAUGCCAGAAAAGAAGGCGACAGACUUGAUUCCUGCGGUUUUGAACAUGUUUUUGUUGGAGAAACAAAGCGUCAUAAACAGAUCUUAGGUUUGCACAACUGGGUGCAGUUUUACCUUCAGGAAAAGCGUAACCAAAUUGACUACAAGGGGUAUGUUGCCCGGAAGAAUAAAAGCAGGCCUGACAAGGAUGACCAAGUUUUGAGCCUCCAGUUCGCUUGGAAGGGCUUGGUGAAGCCCAUUGGAAGCACCUUUGUUGGUGUCAGCCCGGAGUUCGAAUUUGCCCUUUACACCAUCAUUUUUCUGCUGUCUAAUAAAAGCGUCACGCACGAAACAGUGAGGAUAGAGGAAUAUGAGCUCCAGAUGGUCGUGUGUCGCCACGGGCAGCACAUCGGAACGGCUUAUCCCGUGCUCCUGGGCACCAGCAGUGAGGACCCGCGCUGACACUCAUCCGGAAACAUUUCUGGCGAGGGAGGAAGAAAGAGUUAAUUAACCAUUUAUUUGCAGUAACACUUUAUAAACGG